CUGUUAAAUAAAAUCUAAUAAGGAUUUAUAAUCUGCGCACAAGCUCGUCGAUAUUUUGUAUCAAUAUCCUAACCUGAAUAAUUCAUCCCACAGAGCCUUGAUCGUGACUGAAAAGGGUGGCAUCUUUUGCGUUAACAGAAAAUCUCAACAUGGGGGACCGGCUGAAACAGUUGAAGGAGCGAUCUCUGAAAAGAAAGCAGGUUUUGGCGCAAGCGUUUGGAGUUGGAAGUCCAGAUGGUCUGAAAACAGCUUUGAGAAGUAAAGAAGACAUUGAAGAUGAGAAGAAAGCUACAAUCCCUAGUGAAACUGAAAAAAGUGCAGAGAACCAGAAAGUGAUGAAGCUAUCAGAAGAACAACCACAGCCAGAUGAACAAACAGACAAAUCCAAGAAUGAUGCGGAACCAGACGAGGAAGAUGAGUUUUAUACAGACUCCAGUACAUUCCUGAAGGGCACACAAAGUGCAAAUCCCCACAAUGACUAUUGUCAGCACUUUGUGGACACUGGGGAAAGACCACAGAAUAAGAUAAGAGAUGUUGGACUUGCAAACAGAUUCGAGGAAUAUCCAAAACUGAGAGAGCUAAUUCGCUUGAAGGAUGAAUUGAUCUCUACAACAAAUACACCUCCCAUGUACCUGCAGUGUGACCUUGAUCAUUUUGACCUUAGCAGUCUUGGCUGUAAGUUUGAUGUGAUACUAGUGGAGCCACCCCUUGAAGAGUACCAGAGAUCCAACGGGGCUGUGUACGACAGGUUCUGGAGCUGGGACGAGAUUGAGAGACUAGACGUCCCAGCUGUUGCAUCACAGAGGUCUUUUGUUUGGAUUUGGUGUGGGAAUGCUGAUGGACUAGAACGAGGCAGACUUUGUCUGAAGAGGUGGGGAUAUCGUCGCUGUGAGGAUAUUUGUUGGAUAAAAACAAACCUCAAGAACCCAUCAAAGAGUAAAAGCCUGGAACCAAAUUCUAUUCUUCAGAGAACAAAGGAACACUGUCUAAUGGGAAUCAAGGGAACUGUCAAACGCAGCACUGACGGUGAUUUCAUACAUGCAAAUGUGGACAUUGACUUGAUCAUUGAUGAAGAACAAGAGUAUGGCAGCAAGGAGAAAUCUGUAGAAAUAUUCCACAUCAUUGAACAUUUCUGUCUCGGACGACGUAGACUGCAUUUAUUUGGUCGUGAUAGUACCAUCAGACCAGGAUGGCUCUCCUUAGGGUCAGAAAUUACAAGCAGUAACUUUGAUCCCGAGGUCUACUCAAAUUUUUUCGAACAGGAGCCAAAUGGACACGUUAUGAAGUGUACAGAGGAAAUUGAAAGACUUCGACCAAAAUCCCCAACACCAAAGAAUAAGCAACAAUUCUCAGACAGAGGUGGCCGUGGAGGCUACCAAAGGGGGGCACAAGGUCGUGGUGGGCAGGGUGGCAGGGGCUCUAAUCUUGGGGCAAAAGGAGGACCCAUGGGACGUGGUUCAAGUGCAGGAAGGCAGUUUUCUCGGUCUGGGUUUGGGGGUCGUGGACGCUCAAGGGGUUUUAAACCAAGAGGUCCCAGAUAGAAAAAGAUACCCACAAGAGCAAACCAUUUGUCAUAUGAUUGUAUGUUAAUAAUGUUUGGUGUAAAUGUUGAAAUUCUUAAUCGUAUACAAAUCAAACUUCUCAUCAUUUGAAUAAAUCACUAUUAUAUAAUUAA